CCGAGCUCGGUGCUCCCGCUGCCCAGUCGGUCACUCUCCGCUGCCGUGCCGGGUCAAGUUCCGCGACCGCCCUGGCUCAAGCUGGUGGGUUCGGCGUGCAGGGGUGGCCAAUUCAGAGAGCCAGUACGGUCGGACCGAGGUAGAAGACCGAGGCCGGUUCGGGGAGGUUGCCUUAGUUCAUGUUCGUCGUGUCCGUUGGAUGCUCUUGUGCAUCCUGGGGAAUGGAUACCCUGGGACGUUCUGUGUGUUUUGGCCAGCGGAGGGUGUCAUGCUCUUGGAGGAUGCGCUUCUGUCCUGGGUCCGGCCGUACCAGGAGGCUGGAUGCACAUGGCGUGGCCGGCCGGAGCCAGGUCUGCGGGCAGACACGCGUGGCCCCAGGUCUUUCCAGCGGCCGGCCCGUGCAGUGGUAAAGCACGCCAGUCUUCAGCCUUCCGCAUGUGUAACCAGCGCGUGGCCUCUGCGUGCCUCGAAUGUGCAUCCAGCCGCGCACGUCGCCAGCUUCCGGGUGAGGUGAUCUGUGUGGCGAAGGGCAGCUCCAAUGACGAAGCUGCUCCGAGCUGGCUUUUCGCUGUGGAUCGUCACGCUGGCAUCGAGCUUUGAUAGCAUACUUCUGGUGCGACACUGCGCCCGCAGUAUGUAUCCGACACUCCGACGUCGUGGAGAUCCCAACUUCGACAAUGCGAACAAUUACACCGCACAGCCAUUCCCAAGUGAGAGCUUGUGGAGUGCCGAAGGCGAAGGAACAUGUACUUCAAGAGGGAAGGACAUCGCUCGUACAUUUGGAAAGUCUCUCCGCGCCCAAGGCUUGCUGGAAGGAAAUCCUGAGGCUCCUGUGAUUGUUGUCGCGGACAACAUUUCUAGGUGCAUAGUGUCAGCAGAAGAAAUCGUCAAGGGUCUCAAUGUUGCAUCACCGUCUAAUGUCGCAACUUACAACGGCAUCACCCGUAGUCUGGACCCUUCAGGAUGGGCUGGGUUGUGUGCGCCCGAAGAUGCAAAAGACAGAACCAUGACCAUGCAGGCGAUGAUCCGCGAAGUGGCGAGUGGCGGUCACUAUUUGUCAGACGCAUGGAGCACGCGUAGACAAGUUCAGGCUGAGCUUCAAGACUUGGUAGGCGCAGGUGCAGCCCCAAGCAUCUCUACCAUCUCCGACCACAUCAAUGAGAACGGAAUAUACGUAGGUGGUUUGUUUGUAUCUUCUCAAGGUAUGAUCGAGAAUUUCAUUCUCGAAGCUGGGGCUGGUAUCCCAGUGGCGUGGGGACGCCUAGACAACCAAACAGGUCGCCAGUAUCUGUGGGAACGCCUUUCGCCACUGAAUGUGCUGUAUAAUCGCAUUAACCACAACGGCGAGGCUCCAGCAACUCGGGACGGCGCAGUAAUCGUGGGCAUCCUACGCGAAUUGAAUAACUCAACUCCAGGAUCAUUGGUCCUCGUAGGGCAUGACACGAAUGUCGACAAUGUCGCGGCUCUCCUAGACCUGACCUGGAGUUGCGGCCCCUUCGCAGACAAUGAAUCACCACCUCAAGUUGGUUUGCUCUUCGAGAUGCAUGGCAACAAUGUUCGCAUCAAAGUUGUUUGCACGGCCUUGGAUCACAGUGACCCAGCCUUUCCUGUCCCUGGUGAGGUAAUUGUUGGAGAGGUGCGGAAAGGCAAGGCAGUGUUCACAGGCGCUCCCGUUUCCAGGCUAUUGGGAGAGGUUCGCCCCAAACUGAGCAGGUGGGGUGGGUCUGAUUGCGCAGGGCCUGUCUUUGGACAGACGGAGCGUUUGAGCUCAGUGGUGGUGUGACGGUGCGACGGUGAAAACAAGCACGCGUCCAGCCCCUCGCCGACGAGUGCCGGCAUGCUGCUCUGUCGCCGCUUGUCCUCGCCGUCUGGCUCGCCCUGCCGCAGCUCCCG